AUGACGAGCACAUGUCCGUGGGCUCAGCCGCCCUCGGCCUUCCGCCACCCGCAGCUCAGUCUGCAGUCGCUCAUCGACGAAGCGCUGGCGCAGAGUCUGCACGAACAGGAGGUCGACGCGAGGCACCGCGAGCUCCAUCCAGAGAGCCAGAGCGACAUGUUUACCACCUUACAGCGCAGCAAAGAGCGCCAAGAGGCGGACCGGCACAGCGCCCUCUGGAGCGCCGACAGCAGCGCCGUCGAUGCGGUCGUUGCGGCCGCUGAAGAGGACGCCACAGGUCGGGUGAACGUCUUGGCGCGCACACCCGCUGCGGUGACGGGCGCUGCGGCGCUCGCACGUGCGCAAGUCGCAGGUUCGCUGUCGAUGGAGGACGCAGACGUGGGCGCAGGAAGGGGAAAAGGGUUCACGUCGCUGCGGGAGAGCACGCGCCGGCAGCAGAAGAGCGAGAAAAAGGGCGCUGGCGCCGGUCGCGUGGCGGCCGAGACGCACGCGACGACGGACGGCGUCAUGGACGAGCGCACGACGCUACUGCUGCAGAAGAUGAUCAACCGGGGCGAGCUGGACGAGGUGCACGGCUGUGUGCAGAGCGGGAAAGAGGCCCACGUGUACUUUGCAGUGGGGACGGACGCAGCGACGCUGCAGCCCGUGCAGCUGGCGGUCAAGAUCUUCCGCACGACGCUGAACGAGUUUAGCAACCGUCACGAGUACGUGACGGGCGACCGUCGCUUUGAUUUGAACUUCCAGCGCAAAGACCAGCGGCGACAGAUCAAGGCGUGGACGGACAAGGAGUACCGCAACUUGUGUCGCGUGACGAAGCGCAACAUUCGUGCCCCGGCCCCCGUCGUGUGCAAGGAACAUGUGCUCGUGAUGCGGUUCGUGGGAGCCGACGGAUGGCCCGAGCCCACGCUGAAGGAUGUGCUGGCGGACUUGUCGCCCAAGCUGCAGGCUCGGGCCUAUGCGGACGUGCUCCAAGCGACGCGAGGUCUGUACCAGCGCGCCCGCUUGGUGCAUGGCGACUUGAGCGAGUACAACAUUCUCUUUUCAGUGCGCGAGAAGCGCAUUUGGCUCAUUGACUUUGGGCAGACAGUUGACCGCACACAUCCGGACACGGAGAAGCUCUUGAAGCGGGAUUUGCACACGAUCAAUCGCUUUUUCCAGCGCGGCGAUCUGCUCGAAGCUACUGCUGACGAAGUGGGCCUUUUGUCGGACGAGAAGGCGUACGAGUACGUGGUCGGGAAGAACGUGAAAGACGUGCUGGCCGACUUUCCUCUCUUGGCGGCGUUGCUGGACGAACUGGCUGAUGUGCCUGAGACUAUUGAGGAGGAGGAGGAGGAGGAAGUCGAGGGAGUGGGCGAAGAGGAGGAAAAUGUGGCCGGUGAAGAUACGUCGGAAGAAGGUGUGCACGGCGUUGGUCAGGAUGAGCGUGAGGCCGCGAAGGUCGAGACGGUGGAAGAAUUGUCGGCGAUGGAGCGCGACGCGCUGUGA